AUUUAUUAUCAGACCGGGCCAAAUAUCCUUUAAUAUAAAACAUCAUUAGAUGCGCAUGCACGCAAAACUCUGAUCUCCCAGGCGCCGCCGGAUACUCAGAGAGUUGAUGAAGAGAUGCUGCAUGUUUAGAGCUCCUUGACGGGGACGGGGACUGUGUUUUCCGGGUCGCACUGGUCUGAUCGUAAGGCAGAGAGAGGCAGAUUCAGGGGAGGGACGCCAGCAGCAGCAGCAGCAGCAGAUGAUCCCGGUCUCACUGCUCGCACACAGGCAGGGCUGACACUCAUGGUACUGCGCCUCUGAGAAAAAAACUAACACUUCACCUGAAGAAUCCACCUGAAAUUUGAGGGAAACCGCAUUGGGACACUAUGGAGAUGUCAGAAUCAGUUUCACAGCAGGAGCGGCUCCAGGCUAUUGCAGAAAAAAGGAAAAGACAGACAGAAAUCGAGAACAAGAAAAGACAACUAGAGGAUGACCGACGGCAGCUUCAGCACCUCAAGUCAAAGGCACUGAGGGAAAGAUGGCUGCUGGACGGUGCGCCCUCUGCAGGACCGGAGGAAGACGAGACCACGAAACAGCUGCGUGAAGAUGAAGCCAAAACCAGAGGUCUUGAGGAAACCAUUCUCAGAAUGGAGAGAGAGCUGGAGGAGCUAGAGACAGGAGUGUCUGCAACAUCCACCAAAGAGAACCUGUCAGACGCAGUACAGGAAGUCAACAUCAAGACAGUGGAAAAAACGAUCGUGAUGGACUCUGUGACAGACUCUGUAACAGAGGUCAAAGUUCACGUCAGCCCUCGUCUGGAGAAAUCCGGAGGUGUCUCUGACAUGAUGAGAGCAGCGAUGUACUCCGUAGAGAUCACAGUUGAGAAGGACCUGGUGACUGGCGAGACCAAAGUCCUGUCCACUAACACACUGCUCCCCAAAGACCUCUCGCAGCAGGGCGUCAAGGUCUAUGAGGAUGAACAGAAAGUCGUGCAUGAGGUGCGAAGCGUGGACGGUGCGGUAACCAACGGCGUUCACCAGCUCAGCUCUUCGGAGGUGGAGGAACUCCUCCACAAGGCUGAUGAAGUGACCAUGAGCGAGAGCAGCAAGACUACGCCGCGACUGGAGCGAGGGCAGGCCGAGAAGGUGGAGAAGGUGGAGAAAGACGUAGUCCCAUCCCCCAUAAAGGAGAUCACGGGCGUAGAAGCCAAACCCGCAGCCCCUCAGACAGAAGUGGGCGGGGCCAGCACGGAGAACCCAGUCACUAUGGUGUUCAUGGGCUACCAGAGCGUUGAGGAUGAGGAUGAAACAAAGAAGGUUUUGGGGCUGGAGAGCACGACUGUGAAGGCUGAGGUGGUGCUCAUCGAGGACGGAGAUGCCAAGACCGCUGCCGGUGAUGCUAAGCAGGAACAGGCGCCCCCUAACGGCAGCCCGGCAGAGCCACCGAAGGCUGAAGAGGCGGCCGGAGAGUCGGGGCAGCCAGAAGGGGGCGCUGCUGAGGUCAAGAGCAAGGAGAAACAACCCUGCAAGUGCUGCACCAUCAUGUGAGCCCAAACACACCCUCCCAAACACAGACUUUACUGAUGAAAUGCUACAACAGCAAGGCUGAGAGGAAUAAACGUUCAGUAUCUUUUGAUAGAAGCUGUUGUUUCUUUAAUUGAUUUUUACCUGUUUUAUAUUUUCUAUAUUACUUUAUCCUUUCCCCUCGAUCCCUUCUAACCUAAUUUAAAUUUUAACACGCUUUUUUUUGUUCUCUGAAAUGAGUCAUACGCGCUCCCGUAAGAGAAGUAUGAAGAUAUGACCCUUUAACUGAAAUGAACUGAUCAAACCCCUUUAAUCAGCAUUUAGUUCAAAAACAAUUUGUCUUACCUUUCCAUAUGGAAGAUUCAAAUACUUCCCAUAAGUGUAUAACAUAUAUGAUUUUUUUUUUAAGCCUGUUUAUUCUGAGUUCCCUUUUUGCAGAGCAUGUGUUGUGUGCACUACGAAGUAUUUUCACUUUCACAUGAAAAGAUUGAAGAAAAUGAUUGAUCUAAGCAUCGUGCACUGCACUGUAUUUAUUGCUAUUGAAGCUGUGAGAAGUAUUGCAAUUAUUUUUUGUUUUAUUUUGUUUUUCAAAUUAGGAAUAAAGCCUGUGGGAUUGACAGAGCGCACUUUGCAUUUGCUUAGAAAUGUCCAUCAUGCGGGAGUUUUAAAGAAAAGUUCUGGGUUCGAUACGAGCUGAGCUCUUGAUUAAUACAGAAAAUAGUUUUGACUCAUCCCUCAGUUUGCAAAAUGUUUUUUUUUAAACAUAUGAAUUGUCACUUACAAAAAAAGUUUUUGUAGCUCUAAAGCUGUACAUUUUAGUUUUUAGUUUUUAAAUGCUUUUGAAAGCCAUUUCUUUUACUCAAGGAUGCAUUUAUUAGAUCAAAAUACAGUAAAAACAGUAAUAUUGUGAAAUAUUAUUGUAGAAUAUCACAUAGUUUUAAAAACAUUUCUCUAAUGAUGGCCAUUUAGGCCAAGAGAUUUACAUAUAUUUAUUUGAUCAAAAGUACAGUAAGAGGUGAAAUUUUAUCAUUAAAAACAACUCUUUUCAAUUUAAAUAAAUGUUAAAUUGUAAUUAAUUUCUAUCAAUCAAAUCUUAUUUUUUGUCACAUGAACCUUCAAGAAACACUUUUUUAUUUUUUGCAUCCUUGCUUAUUAAACGUAUUACAUUCUUUAAUAUAUACAAUAUGCAAUAUAUAUAUAUAUAUAUAUAUAUAUAUAUAUAUAUAUAUAUAUAUAUAUAUAUAUAUAUAUAUAUAUAUAUAUAUAUUGCAUAAUCCACAUGAUUUUACAAACUUAGGGAUGAGUUUUAAUAGUUUUACAGUAAAUUAAAGCAUGUCACAGCUUAUGCUCUCUAUUGAACCAACAUUCCUGCAAAUGCACGUGUAACCAGUAUGAGGCUGUUUGCUUUAAAUGAAAAAAAACAUUUAAAUGGCCAAUCCCUUCUCUUUUCCCUUGCUAUAUCUCAAACACACAGUAAUACAGCACCGUUUUCCUUAUUUCCCUUAUUUUUGUUCUCCCGUGAGUCCAGUAGAUUGCGCUCUUUCAUAUUGAAAUGUAGGACAGGUGAGCUGAGGAUAUCUCAGUAAGCUUUGAUGUUUUGCUGUUAGGCUGUUCGGUGGUCGUUCUCAGUUAGACUGUUGCAGCAAAGAGCUCGCGCAUGUGUUUGUAAUCGUUCCUUUGUGUUUCUAACUAAAAUAUAUAUAUAUAUAACCCCCACUUGAAAUGCUCUAUUUAUUGGAAAUAGAGAUCAAGAGUAGAGAGUCAGUUGUUCUCUCGGUUACUUUCAAACUGCUGCAUGAUGUAAACUCGCAUCGGAUCAUUUGUAGCCUUCUCAUCUUUCAUCUGCAUCGCUCGUGUGCAUUUGGCCUUGUUCUGACUUUCGGAGGUGUGUGUGUGUAUGUAUCAGGCUGGCUGUGUGUUUUUAAUGGUAUGCCAGUCCGCACUGCCGUCAGCCCUCAGGAAGGGAUCAGUGACCGCUCAUUCCUAACAAGUGACAUCAACAAACUGCUGCAGCCAAUCCUAUGCAAGAGCCCUCAUGCGUGUAAACUAGUGUCAGAAUAAGCAAAGCUCUCUCACUUCCACAGCAAUUAUAACAGUUCCCGAGACUAGAAUGGAGAGACAGGAAGGACAUUAUCCGCCCUUCCUUAGCUGUUCCAAGGAAGUGUGGCGAGGGGACAGGAAACAUUUAAUAGGUUAUUAUACCAAGUAUUGAAGCUGUUUCUUAUAUAUAUAUAUAUAUAUAUAUAUAUAUAUAUAUAUAUAUAUAUAUAUAUAUAUGUUAGCAUUUUUGUGAAAAGUUGGAACAAAAAGUAGCUAUGAUGCCAAAUGCUUCAGUAAAAACAAAAAGCAUAUUGUUUUUGUAGCCUAUGUCUUUGUGGAAGAGAUGGGUGAUGGAUUGGUGCUUAUUUAGUUAUUUUCAUCUUUUCCAUAACAAAUUUAAACGUUAGUAACAUUAAAGGUGCAUUUGUAGUUAGGUUUCGCAAUCAGUGUCUAGUUUCAUGUAAGUAACACAGAUACCGUGGUGUUUCAGAGGGAUGUAUUUAAUUCCUUUACCUGUCUAACUCGAGACUUUCCUCGCCAAAUAUUGCCGUACCGAUGUUUCUGUCUGAUGGCUUCAGACCAUGAUAAAUACACGCAGUAAACACACAUAUAUAAAUAAAAAACAUUUAUUUUGAACGCGAUUAAUUGCAAGUAAUUGUUUCACAGCGCUAAUAUGUAGUGAAACUGGCUUCAUUACAUCAAGUCCUGCCUAAAACAAGCAUACAAAAUUAUGAAAAAUGAUUCAGGCGCUUCAUAUUACAUGGUAUUUAGUGAUACGUAAAUUACAUUCAGUAUUAAUUAUACUUCAUUAAAUACAAUUGUAACUGGUAAUUGUAAAAGGCGUCUUUCUGCAGGUUUGGGCUAUGAUCACAUUGCAUUUACACAAUAACCAGCGCGCUGUGUUUUGAGAUUUUUUUAAUCGAAACAAUUUGCAAAUCAGUUUAGUGUUUCAAAAAGCUUGAAAUCACUAUAUACAGGUAAUGAUUGUCCCAUUGUUUCUGCUGGAAGGCACAGUGUUUGUAAAAUAUGAAUUCUUUGCAUCCCCGAUCAACGCUGGGCUACUAGCGGUCGUGAAAUUUAGUGAAACUCCGGGGGUCAUGCCCUUUCAUCGUGCUAAAAUACAUUUUGAUGGGGAUGGCACACGCCGUUAAUAACUGAAAUACAUUUUGGAGAAAUCUUUUUCUAAGUAACAAAACAAAUGUAUUUCCUCUGUGUGUAAAACUUUAGCUCCAAACUACUAAAUGCACCUUUAUGUCACCAUGGAGGGUUUUUUUAAUGAAUGUUAAACCUGUACCUUAUAAAUUGCUUACUUUGUAAAUUUAAUUUGAUAGCAAAUUAAUAGCAUUUUUAGGAGAAUUAAAUUAUGUGGCAUGGGUAGCUGGUAGAUGUGUGCUAGAAUAAUGUGUGUGUGUGUGUGUGUGUGUGUGUGUGUUGCGUCUAUGUGGUCGUUUUCAUGAUUUGUUACAUUUAAUAUGUCACGCUUUAUCUCUCAUAUUACUUACAUUACUGCCCGAAUUGCUGGGGUGAACUCAGUGAAUGUUGUUUAGAAGCCCAGGAGUCAAAUGAGGUCAACAUGAAUGCAAAAAAAAAAAAAAAAAGACUAUUCCGUUUAUUGCGUUUACACACAUUCGCUUAUCCACGUGUACACUUUUUGGAUGUAAAGCAGCGUCGGUGAGGUUAUAAUUAAUGGUUCGGAAACCUUUUGCUUUCCUCCCAAUGCUCCGGGCAACUUCCUUUAAAGUCUUUGCAUCACUGUGAGUUUCAUGGUUUGCCGCUCACCUUACUGUCCGUCAGUACUAACAUUCCAGUUCCGACGUGUUCCUCGCCCCUGAAUGCCUUGCUGUCUGGCCUCGGGCCUGGCGUAACUCUUUUGUAUAGCUGCAUGCUUUUAUAGGUACAUACAUCACACAUAUCUACAUAUACAUAUCCGUUUCCAUGUUAGAUAACGUCCCUGUGCUUGAACCCCUAACCCUUGAUGACAAGCUGAGUUCAAAGUCAUGAUAGAACAGAGGACAGUGUAGGAACAUAUAACCAGGUUCCUCUCUUAUUGGAUCUCCUGAUAAUGAGUGUGUGCUCUUACUGCCACUGUUGUCUGUGUGUUGUGAAGGUCUGCUUUCUUAUGAACCUGACAGAGCUGUAGAAGGAGUUGGAAGGAGACAUUAAAAUGUGACGUGUGUUACAGAAA